AUGGGCUCUUGGGCAUCCGAGAGAGAGGUUCCAAGGGGAAGAAUCUAUGAGGUUUUUAAGGAGCUUCAAAGGGGAGUAGAUGAUGGUUGUAGGGGUGGCUAUUGGAAGUGGCAGGAGGGAGAUAAUCCAUCUCAGCAUGGUACAGGUAAAAUUCCACCACAGAUUGGUAAUCUUCUGAGUUUGGAGAUAUUAAGUCUUCCAAAAUGUCAACUAAUAGGGGCUAUUCCUUCCGUCAUUGGCAACCUAACAUCUUUGAAAGUUCUUCUUUUUUCCUACAAUAACUUGACCGGUAAUAUACCACUUCAAUUUGGCAACCUACCAAAAUUGGAAGAAUUGUAUUUGGCAUUUAAUAGGAUCUCUGGAAUCAUCCCUCCUCGCAUUUUUAAUAGCUCAACUGUGAGAUUCAUUAUGCUACCAGUAAACCAGCUCUCAGGCUAUCUUCCAUCAACCACAGAUCUUUGGCUUCCGAAGCUUGAAAUCCUUGAACUUGCAACAAAUAAGUUAAGUGGAUUGAUACCUGCCUCCAUAUCCAAUGCCUCUCGGCUUACUAUUAUUUCCUUUGAGGACAACUCAUUUUCUGGAUAUAUUCCUAUUGACCUUGGCAAUUUAAGAGAUCUACAAAUUCUAGGGGUAGGUCAGAAUAAUUUGGCUAGCGCACCUUCGUCCUCAGAGUUGAGCUUUUUAUCUUCAUUGGCAAAUUGCAAACACUUGAGAGUAUUGGAGUUUGCCAUCAAUCCUAUGAUCAGUGGUAAACUUCCGGUUUCUAUAGGAAAUCUCUCUGUUGAAAAUUUUGUAGCUUAUGGUUGCAACAUUAAAGGCAGUAUUCCAGGAGAAAUUGGCAAUGUAAGCAACUUGAUUUGGUUGGACCUAGAUAACAAUAAACUGGGUGGAUCUCUUCCCACCACAAUUGGAAGAUUAAAAAAUUUGCAACGUCUAUCUCUUCAAGGCAACAAUUUAGAAGGAUUCUUCCCAGCUGAGUUAUGCAAUUUAAAGAGUUUAAGUUACCUGUAUUUUACCGGUAACAAAUUGGUUGGACCAAUACCAGCAUGUUUAGGUGAUCUUGUUUCUCUUAGAUAUCUAUUUUUGGGCUCCAACAAGUUUGCCAACUCAAUACCCUCAACCUUGACAAGGCUUACAGAUAUCUUAGAGCUAAACUUGUGUUCCAAUUGUUUAAGCGGGCCCCUCCCAGUUGACAUUGGAAAGUGGAAGGUUAUCACUAGCAUUGAUUUUUCCAAAAAUCAAUUAUCAGGUGAAAUAUCAAUGAGCAUUGGUGAUCUUACGGUCUUGACCUAUCUCUCAUUAUCUGGUAACAGAUUGCAAGGACCUAUACCUGAGUCAUUUGGGGGUCUAAUAAGUUUACAAGUCCUGGAUUUGUCAAGGAACAAUUUCUCAGGAAUCAUCCCCAAGUCUUUAGAGAAGCUCUUGUAUCUUGAACAUUUUAAUGUCUCAUUCAAUAGAUUACAAGGAGAAAUUCCUAACAAAGGAUCCUUUACCAACUUCUCCAUUCAAUCUUUCAUGGGAAAUAAAGCGCUAUGUGCCGUACCUCAACUGCAACUCCCACUCCCACCAUGCAAGGCUAUUUCUUUUGGAAAGCAUUCAAGGAAAGCUAUUCAACUCGUUGAAUACAUUUUAUUUCCAAUUGGCUCAAUAAUAUUAGUACUUGCAGUGAUUCUCACUUUUUCACGAAGAGGACAAAGGAAUGUAAAUCUGCCAACUGCUCAAGAAAAUUUCCCAGCAUUAGCAGAAUGGAGAAGAGUUUCAUACCAAGAGCUUCAACAGGCUACAUAUGCAUUUUCUGAAAGCAAAUUACUUGGUGUAGGGAGUUUUGGAUCAGUAUACCAAGGAAUUCUUUCAGAUGGGUUAAGCGUUGCAGUAAAGGUCUUCAAUUUGGAGUUAGAAGGAGCAUUUAAGAGCUUUGACGUUGAGUGCGAGGUCGUACGUAACAUUCGCCAUCGAAAUUUAGUCAAAAUCAUCAGUAGCUGUUCUAACGUUGAUUUUAAAGCCUUGGUUCUUGAGUUCAUGCCUAGUGGAAGUCUAGAGAAGUGGUUGUACUCUCAUAACCAUUUUUUGGAUAUCUUGCAGAGGUUGAACAUAAUGAUCGAUGUGGCAUCUGCAUUAGAAUACCUUCAUCAUGGUUAUACAACACCUGUGAUCCAUUGCGAUUUAAAACCCAACAACAUUCUUCUUGAUGAAGAUAUGGUUGCACAUUUGGGUGAUUUUGGCAUUGCAAAGCUAUUAGGUGAACACGAUUCAACAAUACACACCAUGACACUAGCAACGAUUGGGUAUAUGGCACCAGGUAAUAGAAAAUUUAAAACUCUUUUAUCCUAUUAUGAUGACUAACGUAACAUCAUUGUAUGCUUUGAUGACGAUUUUGACAAUUUACAUGUAGAAUACGGAUCGGAAGGAAUUGUUUCAACAAAAGGUGAUGUGUACAGCUUUGGUAUUCUUUUAAUGGAGACCUUCACAAGAAAGAAACCCACAGAUGAAAUUUUUGCUGGGGAAAUGAGCAUAAAAUAUUGGGUGAAACAGUCAUUACCAUCAGCAUUAAUGGGAGUUGUAGAUACCAAUUUAUUAAAUAAUAAAGAAAGACAAUACUCUGCCACAAGAGAUUGUGCUUUAUCUAUUUUGCAAUUAGCAUUGGAAUGUUCUGAAGAAGUUCCAGAAGAGAGGAUUGAC